AUGUGUGGAAUCAGUGCGUAUCUGAGCCACGCUAGCUCAAAGGAGCAAAGCAACAACGCCCAAGCCCAGCAUGUCGUGGCGCAGUUGGAGCACAGUCUGGAUCUGGUUGGCCACCGUGGACCAGAUGCUCGCGGGCGUUGGUUUAGCGACGAUCACCAAGUAGGCCUUGGCCAUGUCCGACUGUCCAUCAUCGACCUCAGCCCCAGUGGAAACCAGCCGUUCCACGAUAAAGACAACAGUAUCCAUGCCGUUGUGAAUGGGGAGCUGUAUGACCACGAGUAUUAUCGGGCGCAAUUGGCCAGCGAAUUCGAGUUUGCGGGAACGAGUGACUGCGAAAUCGUCAUUGCCUUGUAUAAACAUUAUGGGCUCUCGUUUCUAUCUCAUUUGAGGGGCGAGUUUGCUUUCGUGCUCUGGGACGCGAGCCGCCAAUUGCUCAUCGCUGCCAGAGACCGUUAUGGAAUCAAAUCACUCUACUAUACUGUCGCUGACGGCAAGUUGUUGGUGGCAACGGAGAUCAAGUCUUUCCUGGCUUUUGGAUUGCAGCCGGAAUGGUGUGUUCGAACAUUGCGGGACCAGAGCUGGAGAGUCGAGUCGCGCACGUUCUUUAAAGGCGUACACCGGGUUCUCCCGGGACACUAUCUGGUCUGUCGGCCGAAUGAGAAGGAAGAACAAAAGUCAUACUGGGAUCUGGAGUAUCCCGAUAAAUUUUCCCAUGACAUGCGAUCGGAAGAGGAAAUCGUGGAAGGAGUGAGGGCGCGUCUGCGGGAGGCUGUGAGAAUCCGACUGAAAGCGGAUGUUCCUGUAGCUGUGUACCUCAGUGGCGGAAUAGAUUCAUCGUCCGUUGCUGGCAUGGUGGCCGAUCUCAUGAAACAGGGGACAAAGCUAGGUAGCGAGCAGAACUCAGUUCCGUCGAACAUGAAAUGCUUCACCGUUCAGUUCGAUGAGGAUAGCGGCGCAGAUGAGUCGGCAAUUGCUCAGCGCACAGCAGACUGGCUGGGUGUCGAUAUCCAGUUUGUUAAGAUGGACGAAGAGGCUCUCGUAUCACGCUUCGAGGACGCUGUUUGGCACAGUGAAAUCCCCCUCCCCGAUCUCAACGGAAUGGGCCGGUUGGCACUGGCAGAAGCGGUACACGCUCAGGGAAUCAAGGUUGUGGUUACUGGAGAGGGCUCCGAUGAGCAUUUUGCGGGCUACGAUGCGUUCCGGGCCGAUGCACUUAGCGAGCCUGAUCAUUCAUGGCCGGCGCUGCAGAUCGCCGAACCCGAGCGCGAGGAAGCCCUGCAGACCGCUAAAGAACAAGUCAGGUACGGGAUUUUCGGCGACUACAGCGUGACGGUCCCAAGUGCGACGCGGCGCAUGCUUAACCAUAGCCACGUCACCAGCUCCAUCGCAAGAGUGGGCAGCCUGCCAUUCGCAGAUUGGACGAGUUCUUAUGGGGAUAAUAUACCAGAGACGAGUCUCAUCGAGGGCGUCAAUGGGCAUGUCCGCGACAAUAUAGCCAAGCGGUGGCACCCCCUGCACACUGCUCAAUACCUAUUCACGAAGUCCUUUUUGCCUCAUUUCAUCCUACGGUAUAACGGCGAUAAUAUUGACAUGGUCAAUCAAGUCGAAAGUCGUUGCCCCUUCCUUGAUCAUCACUUGACAGAAUAUGUUAACAAUGUGCCACCGUGCCUCAAGAUGAAGUACAAUGCGAGGGAAAAAUCCUUCCGUGAGAAGUAUAUUCUUCGAGAAGCUGUGCGGCCUUAUGUCACGGAUGAGGUGUACAAUAUGAGCAAGAAAGCCUAUAUGGGUCCAAGAAAGUUCUGGCCGGGUGGACCGUUGCACCGAAAGAUCACGCACCUGGUUACAAAGGAAAAUGUGGAAAGCCUGGGCUUUGUAGAUUGGACUGCUACGCAAGAAGCCUUGGAAAACGCUUUUACCAAGCAGGAACCUUUGGCGUUGCGCCGCGCGCUUACCGUGGCCCAGUUUAUUAUUCUAGGGCAGCGCUUCGGAAUCAAGCCAGCUGGGAGCCUGCCGAAUUGA